AUGAUGUAUUUGAAGAAAGAUAAAAAAUUGUUUGAUGAGAAAUUAAAUGAAGAAUUAACAGAAUUAAAAGAUUAUGGUAUUAUUCAUGAUGUAUUAUUAAGGUUGAAGGAUGAAAAAAGGAAAAAAAAAGAAAAGAAAAAAAGAGGUUAUUUAUUUAAUUUAAUAGAAUUAAAAUAUAUAAAUAAAAUAUUAUAUGAAUUAUAUAUAUCUAAAAAGAAAAAAUGUAUAAAAAAUUUUAUAAACAUCUAUGAUGAUAAUACUUCUCUUCAUUUUAAUAUACAAAAAACUAUACAAAUUGAAAAAGGCAAAAAAUAUGUAGCACUUGCACGUAUAGGACAGAAUGUUCAUAUGAAUAAAAGUCUUCAUUUUUUAAGUGAUGAAAAUAAUAAUUUUUAUAUUUUUCAUAAAAAUAAUUAUUAUGUGAAUAAAGAAUUAUUUGAAAUAAAAAAUGAUGUAAGACAUGUGAGUACUUCUUCAUAUAUUAUUAUAUUUUAUAAUGAAUUAUCUGAUUCGAGAGGAGAAAAAUAUAACAGUUGUAAUUAUAAGAAAGAAGAAUAUAAUAAUAUAAGUCAUAAGAGAUAUUAUGAAAAAUGUAUGGAUGAAAAAAAUAAUAUUCUUACAUAUAUAAAAGAAAACCAAUUAGAUGAUAUAAACAAUAAUGAUAAAAAAAAAAAAAAAAUAUAUAUAUAUAUGCAUACUAAAAAUAACGGAUACAUUAAUUACACUUAUAAUAAUUUUAUACAUUGUGAUAAUAAUAUUUUUGUCAAUAAUAAUGAUAAACAAAUAAAAAAAAAUGGAGAUACCAAAAAAUUUGUUGAUUAUUAUAUGUUAUUUAUAAAUUAUGAAAAUAAGUCUAUAUGUCAUAUGUCCUUUAUAAUAAAAUUUAAAUAUAUUUUAUAUAGAUUAUUACAUAAUGAAAAAAAGAGACACAAAUUUGUUAUUAAUAAUAAUAAUAAUAAUAAGAAGAAUGUAUGUAAGAACCAUAAGAUAUAUAAUACAAAGGGUGUUGAAAAUUAUACAGUAGAAAAUAAUAAUAUGAAAAAUAAUUCCAUAGAUGAUAUGAACAUUAGAAGUGUUCGUAAUUUUAUUAGAGAUCGCAAAAAAUAUAAUAGAUAUAAUAUUUUUGCUGCAAAUUAUUUGAAAUAUUCUUUCAAUAACAAAAAAAGAAGUAAGUGUUUAAAAAAAGGGAGACUCCAACAUUCUUUAGAACGCAUUGCAUUGUGGUUAUUACCUGAAGGUGGUAAAAAUAAAAAUAUAAAGACAAAUAAAAAUAUAUGUCAAACUAAAAAGGAUGGAAAUAUUAUUUGUAAUGAUAAUAUGAACUGUUAUAAUACCCUUUUUUGUAAUUAUGAGAUUUAUAUAUACCACAGUGAUAUAUUAAAGAGAGAAAAAAACAUCUUUGUAACAUUUAAUAAUAUGAAUCAAUGUUUUUAUAUUUUUAUAUACCCAUAUAUAAUAUAUUUUAAUAAAUACAAAUAUGUACUAUCACAUGUGACACCUAACUUAAAAGAGAAAAAUAAAAAAAUAAAAAAUAAAAUAAAAAAUAAUAAUAGUAAUAAUUUUUAUUUAAUUUUAAAAUUUGUAGUUGAGCUAUUUAUAAUUUUUCGAAGUAUGUAUAAGAAAAAAAAGUUAAUAAACAAAUUGAAAAAAUAUCUUUCGAAUAGAACCCUCAAGGGAUAUAUAAAUUAUCAUAGUCUAAAUAAUAUGGAAAAAAUUAAUAAUAAAAAGAAUAUUGAUAUAUGUAAUUAUAUAUACAUUUACACAUUCUAUAAUAUUAUGGAAAAUUUUUGUUUAAAAGAAAAGAAUUAUAAUAUACAUAAUAGAUUAUUUCAUAAAAUAAAAAAAGUGAUAAUGAAAUAUGCCAAUAUAAUACAUUCAAAUAAUAUUUGUAUAAAAUUUAUACAAAAUAAAUUAAUACGAAUAUGUAAAAAUGUUACAGAUUUAUUAAAUUGGAAUAAUAUGUUGCAAAAUAUUAUAUUAUCAUCAAAUCAAUAUAUUUAUAUAUAUUUUUUUUUAUUAAAAAAAAAAAAUACCAAAGAACAAUUAAAUAUUUUAAAGAAAGACAAUAUGUCAUAUAAUAAAAAUUAUUAUUAUAACAAAAGAAAAGACAAAGAAGAAAAAAAAACAAAAAAAAAAAGAACAAAAAAAAAAAGAACAAAUUUUCAUUUAAUUAAUAUUUUUAAAAUUACCACAUCAUAUAAAAAUAAAAUAUUAAAUAUAACAAAAAAUAUAUGUUUAUCUAUAUAUUUCUUUUUUUGUAAAUAUAAUACAUUAACUCAUUUUGAAAGAAUAUUCUUAUUAAAUCAUUUCCAAUAUAUAUUAAAAAAAUUCCCAUAUCUUUUUUUAUUAAUACAUUUUAAAAUUAGAAACAAGAUAGAUAAUAUCUUUUAUAUCAGAUUUUUUCAAUAUCAUAAUAAUAUGUUUUUUAUAAAAUUAUUCAAGGAUAAAUAUCAAAGUCAAUUAAAAUUUAUUAAGAAGAAGAAAAAUAAAUUAUUAAAAAAUAUAUGUUAUUCUAAUGAAGUAGAAAAGAAAAGAUUUCUUUUCUUAUUCAAAAUGAACAAAUGGUUAUUGUAUUUUUUUUUAUAUAUAAUGAAUUUAUAUUUUUCAAAAGAAAACGUUUGCACAAUCACAACAAGAAAACAAACAAAAAAAAACAAAAAAAAAAAAAAAUAUAUAAAUGAAGAUAUAAAUGAAGAUAUAAAUGAAGAUAUACAUGUAGAUAUAAAUGAAGAUAUAAAUGAAGAUAUACAUGUAGAUAUAAAUGAAGAUAUACAUGUAGAUAUAAAUGAAGAUACACAUGUAGAUAUAAAAAAAAAAUAUAUUCCAAAUAAUGAAAAGGAAGAAUUGUCAAAUGAAUUUAUUUAUAUGUAUAAAUAUAUUUUUUAUAAUUUUAAAAAAUUUAUAUAUAAUAUUAAAAAAGAAAAAAAAAAUAUUUAUAAAAAUUUGUGCGAAUAUAAAAACAGAAAUUAUAAUAAUAUAAAUACUGAGCAAAAAUUAAAUUUUAUAUGUAUCAAUGAUAAUAAAGACACUAAUAUGUGUAAUGACAAUGGUGAUUAUUAUCAAAGAAAACAAAAUUACCAACAUAUAUCAUCACAAAUAGAACCUUUAUUAUCAUCUGAAUAUAUAUCAAGAGUUAUUUCUGUUGAGCAUUUUUUAGAUUUUAAAUGUCCAAACAUAAAUUAUAAUAAACAAAAUUAUAAUUCAAUGAAUAUAAAUAUUAAUCAAAAAAGAAGAUAUGAAGAAAAAAAAAAAUUUAUAAGUAAAGAAGCUAUGAAAAAAAUUUUCACUUUGAAAAAUAUGAAAUAUAUAGUAUCAUCUAAAUAUAUAAAUAAUCUUAUUCAUAAAAAUAAAGAUAAGGAAGAAUUUACAAAAAAAAACAAAAAAUUAUAUUUUCUGAAUGUACAUAAUAAUAUACAAAAAUCAAAGUUAAUAAAUAUAAUUCAAUUAUUUGAGAAUAAUAUGAAAAAUAUAUUAUUUCAAUUAUUACAUAUAAAAAAUAAUCAUAUAAAUGAAGAAAAGGAUUCUUCUUAUAAUAAUGAUAACAUAUUUUCUCUUAAUAAAAAUGAUGUUGAUAAAAUAUUAUGUUAUAAAUACAAUCCAAUUAAGGUAAACAAAAAAUUAUGUAUUUUUAAUAAUAUAGAAAAUAUAAUUUUAAAACAUAAAUUAAAGUAUCAAAAAAAAAAAAAAUAUUUAUAUAUACAACCUAAUAUAAUAUAUAAUAUAUUUCAUUAUAAUAAAAAACAAUCUUUUUAUAAAUUAAUUGAAAACAAACAGAUUGAAUCAUAUAAAAUUACACCUAAUUAUUUCAUAUAUUUUGUAAAUGCUCACAUUUCUUAUUCUGUAAAUAUUUUUAAUCAUAAGUAUGAAAAAAUAAGUGCUUCCAAUGAUAUACACAUUUUAAAUGUCUAUAAAAAUGAUAUAAUAAAAAAUCUAUUUAUUGAAAGAACAAUGAAUUUUUUUGAGAAUAUUUUGUUUUUAUAUCUGAGGAAAUAUGUUCCAUUUGCACAGAAAUAUCAAAUGACAAAGGAAAAUCACAAAGAAAAAGAAAAAAAACAAACGAAUAAACAUAAAACAAAAGAACCAUAUGAUAAUAUAAAUAAAUAUUCACUCAAUAUUUAUCAAAUUUUUUGUUACGAUAUACAACAAAACCUUUUUCAAAUAAAACAAAUUUUUGACGUACAAAAAGAAGGGCAAUUCAUUUUAAACGUCUUUAUAUAUCAUGAGCAAAAUGUUCUAUUCUUUUAUUCAUAUAAGAAAAAUGAAAAACAAAAUGAUACAACAAAUAAAUCAUUCUACAAUCCUUUUUUUGUUAAAUUUUUAGAAAAUGAAGAAUAUUAUGAUGUUUCUUUAGACACUUCUACCAUCAGAAAGGAAAAACAUUAA